ACAUUCAUCCUCCGCGGUCCGCUUUCCGCUCCAUCCCUCCGCGGCCCCGAGCCCAGCCCGGCCCGGACCCAGCCUGAGGCCCUCCCGACCGAGGCCUCCCCGAGUCCAGCCUGAGGGACCCCGACCGAGGCCUCCCCGAGUCCAGCCUGAGGGACCCCGACCGCGGCCUCCCCAAGCCGCUUGCUGAGUUGAGUGUUGAUUAUUGACCAGCUUAUGUGAGCUAAACACGAUAUCUGUUUGAAUAUCGUUCGUCGGUACUGCUGGAAUUGCAUUGUAUCUUUUGCCUAAAUGUCUCUAGUGGAUUUGGGGAAGAAACUAUUAGAGGCUGCACGAGCAGGCCAAGAUGAUGAGGUCCGUGUCUUAAUGUCCAAUGGUGCUCCUUUCACAACAGACUGGCUGGGAACAUCACCCCUUCACUUGGCAGCUCAGUUUGGUCACUAUUCUACAGCAGAGGUGCUGCUUCGAGCUGGAGUGAGUCGGGAUGCGAGGACCAAAGUGGACAGAACGCCUCUGCAUAUGGCAGCAUCAGAAGGCCAUACCAGCAUUGUUGAAGUGCUUGUUAAGAAUGGAGCUGACAUAAAUGCAAAGGAUAUGCUUAAGAUGACGGCCCUUCACUGGGCAGUGGAGCAUAGUCACCAAGAUGUGGUUGAGCUCUUGAUAAAAUAUGGAGCUGAUGUUCACACACCAAGUAAAUUCUGCAAAACAGCCUUUGAUAUAGCAGUGGACAAUGAGGAUGAAGAAUUGAUUUUACUGCUUCAGACAGCAAUGCAGAACCAGAAUAACACAAAUUCUGACAGCUCUGAUGCAAUCAUGGUUCAUGAUGCUGCACCACAAUUCAUUAUUGGGCCUGGAGGAGUUGUCAAUCUAACUGGACUAGUUUCCACUGGAACAACAAAGGCAUCAGAGCCUGCGGUACAAUUUGGCAAUUCCUCUACGUCAGUAUUGGCUACGUUAGCUGCUUUGGCAGAGGCAUCAGCACCACUGACACAUACAACUGAUGCACCAGCAGUUGCCACAGAAGAAGUAGUGACAGCAGACUCGGUGGAUAGUGCAAUUCAACAAGUUGUCAGCAGUGGAGGUCAGCAGGUGAUUACCAUUGUUACUGAUGAUGUUCAACUGAGCAACUUACAGGCAGCCAGUGAUGGCAUGAAUCAACCAAUCAUCGUCACAAUGCAAGAUGGACAACAAGUUCUGACUGUUCCAGCAACUGACAUUGCUGAAGAGACAGUGGUUACUGAGGAACCAUUGAUGAAGAGGCAGUAUGUGGAGAUAAUUGAAAAUCAUGCAGACACCACAGAAAUUGAGGUUCACAGUGAGAUGUUAAAUACACAAACACUCCUGGUUAAUCUAAUGGAAAAGGAGCAUGAAUUAGAGCAAACACAGUGAUGUACUUAGAAGAAUGGAGGAAAUUAAUUGCCAAGAUUUACCAAAAGAAGCAGAGCAAAGGAAGGCUAAUAAUAAAAAAAACUAGAUCUAUUUGUGUUAGUAUUUCAAAUUGCUGAUGUAUUCUGAAGUAAGUUGUGUGGGGAAAAAAGGUAGUAUUAUUGGGUAAUUUAAAAUGUAUAAUACUGAUUUUCUGAACUGCCCCAUCAAUUUAUACAUGUGUAAUAACACAAAAAUUAAUUAUGUUAAAAUAUGAAGUGUCCUAGUCUCUAGGCUGUUCUACAAUGCCAUUUGUAAGUGGGGGAAAAAAAAUCUUUUUAUUUCUCUGGUAAAGACACAGUAACUUGAAUUUUAUUUUAAUAAACACAGUAUUGGCCCAGAAUUCCCACUUUAUUUGGGUGUUUACUUGUAAAGACUAACUUUAGUCACUGACUCUAAAAGAAAAUGACAUUUAGAUUUUUUUUAAAGUCACACUCUCUGUAUUUACUUUUUUUAAGAUUAAUUAUUCUAAUCAGCAUAGCUCUGCUCAUUUGUAGUUUUGGGACAAGAAGUAAGAAAUAUUCAAGAUUUUGAAUUCCAUUCAGUUUCAAAGUGAAACUAAUAAAACUAUUAUUUUUAUUUUACUGUUUUUGUGUUUAGCUCUGAAAUGCUGGGAUCUUUUUCAAUUUCACAGCAAGAUGUUGAGUUAUUUUGGUAAAUAAUGCUAUCUUCUGAACUCUAUAACUGACGAGGCAUUUAAUGGUCAGUAAACAAUUUUUUUUUUGAAUAUACUGUGUGUGUAAAUGGUGAG